CGGUACUAUUCCAAUGUUCUGAAUGGAUCCACGGGGGCCCUCGUUCAUGACCGUCAUCUGGAGGAGGGAUGGUAUCGGGCAGGACACUCCCUGGACAUGCCUAAUAUCACCCCUUCUCUUCUCCACUGUGGAACAAUAUUUCCCGCUUGGAUGGAUGGGGAGAUUCCAGACACCACAGAUGGUGUGGCAGAAAGAAAAGUUUGUUUUCUGGGUCACCUGGUAGGAAACUACUGCGUCCACCAUUUACAGAUAUUAGUGAAGAACUGUGGCGUCUACAGAGUAUAUUAUUUAUACCCAACACCGAGUAACGACGAAGCCUACUGUUUUGGAAUGGAGAAAACAGAGUCUACUACGAGCUCCGUUGGAUCAACCACACCAUUUACUUUGCGUACAACUGCUACAAACGAAAUCGGGAAUUCAACCAUUUCAAAACCUCAAGAAACUACUACAAAUGAUUUGGAAUUAGAGUUAACGACCUCAGACCAAUAUAGCACUGCAGAUUAUGGAACUUCCGCGUCCCACAUUACAAUAUCAACUCAAACUACCCAACAAUUGACAACUAAUUCAACUACUAAACCCCACACUACAUCCCAGGCCGAUCCUUGUUUAAGCUAUUCAAUCCUUCCAAAUUAUGAAGAUCGCUUUAUACAGAACGUUGUCAAUGAAAAUAGUUCUUUCAUUGACGACAAGGACCUACCAAAACACUGGUACCGCGCUGGUAACCUGGAUAUUCCAGUAAUUAGGCCGACCCUAUAUCACUGUGGAACCGUGUAUCCAGGGUAUCUAAAAGGUUCCAUACCGAAUGUAACAGCUGGGGUGGUGACCAGAACCGUCUGUUUCUAUGGUGAUGACGACAAUUGGUGUCAUCAAACUGUUUCGAUAAACGUGAAAAAUUGUGGCACGUACCGAGUUUAUUUUUUGAAACCAACCGAUAUUAAGAGCUCAGGAUAUUGUUUUGGGUCCAACCCCUCUACCAAUGUCACAACCACGACAUUCUCUACAACCCAAACGACACGAGACAGCAGUGCGACAAAAACAACCCUAACAACUACAGACGAGUUAGAAAAAGAUGAAACGACCUUAGAUCAAUACACCAGUACAGUGACUACAAUUGUAUCCAACGGGACUGCGAUGACAACUAACUCUUCAAGCACAACACGCACUACUGUACCAUCAACUGGAGUCAGCGUCACAAAUUCUACGACGGCUAUCCCUCAGAUAACAACUACUGAAAAUCCGGGAUCUGAGAUGAUAACUAACGCAUCGAGCACACCUCGUCAAACUAAAUCAACAACUCAUGCCAUUAACGUCACGAAUUCCACUACAGCUUUACCUCAUGAAACAACUACAAAUAAUCCAAGUUUUAAUCUGACAGGCAAUAUAUCAAGCUCAACUCAACCGUCUUCACAAACAACUCUUACUAUCAAUGCAACAGAUCCAACCACGUUGGAAUCUCAAGAAACAACAUUGGAAAAUUCAGAUUACAGUGUCCCCACAACGUCAAAACCAAAUGCAACUAUUCAAUCAACGUCACAACAUACAACAACAACAACAACACAGGGCAACACAACACAGUCGUUAACAUCAACUACAAUGUUGCAAACAAGAACAUCUCCCACCACGGGGUCACCAAUCUUUACUUCAUCACUCUCUUCCACGAAACCAAACGAGACAGAAUCUACUGACAAACCUUCAACAACAUCAACAGCUUUUACAACACCUGUCACCGUGGAUCCAUGUGUCCAUUAUACAAAUUUAACAAAUAUCCAAAAGAGAUUUCAUACCAAUCAAAUUCAGGCCGACCCAACCUCCAGUCUCUCUGACCAUUUGCUUGUGUAUGGGUGGUAUGGAACUGGAGAAUAUAAUUUGUUAACGUCGAGUGCCAUGAGUUAUCACUGUGGGACAUUUUAUCCUAUAUGGAUAAACGGCAAUAUACCUACAGUAGAAGAUGGCGUAGUUGAUCGAACAGCAUGUAUUGUUACUGAUACGGAAUGUGGGAUGACUAUUUCCAUAAAGAUUCGUAAUUGUGGAACAUACCGUGUUUAUCAACUUCGACCUACUAUUAUGUUUAGUGCAUACUGUAUUUAUGAUUACAAUGCUCCUACAACUUCGAAACCGACUUCACCACCGACUACAGCAACUACACAGGGCAACACAACACAGUCGUUGACAUCAACUACAAUGUUGCAAACAACAAAUACAUCUACCACUACGGAGUCACCUAUCUUUACUUCAUCACCCUCUUCCAUGAAACCAAACUGGACAGAAUCUACUGACAAACCUUCAAGUAUAACAACAGGUUUUACGACACCUGUCACCGUGGAUCCAUGUGUUCAUUAUACAAAUUUAACAAAUAUCGAAAAGAGAUUUCAUACCAAUCAAAUUCAGGCUGACCCAACCUCCAGUCUCUCUGACCAUUUGCUUGUGAAUGGGUGGUAUGGAACUGGAGAAUAUGAUUUGUUAACGUCGAGUGCCAUGAGUUAUCAUUGUGGGACAUUUUAUCCUAUAUGGAUAAAAGGUAAUAUACCUAUGGUAGAAGAUGGGGAGGUGAAUCGAACAGCGUGUAUGGUUACUGAUACAGACUGUGGAAUGACUUUUUCUGUGAGGAUUCGCAACUGUGGGACACAUCGUGUUUAUCAACUUCGACCUACUGUUGUGUUUAGUGCAUACUGCAUUUAUGAUUACAAUGCUCCUACAACUUCGAAACCGACUUCACGACCAACUACAGCAACUACACAGGGCAACACAACACAGUCGUUGACAUCAACUACAAUGUUGCAAACAACAAAUACAUCUACCACUACAGAGUCACCUAUCUUUACUUCAUCACCCUCUUCCAUGAAACCAGACUGGACAGAAUCUACUGACAAGCCUUCGACAACAACAACAGCUUUUACAACACCUGUCACCGUGGAUCCAUGUGUUCAUUAUACAAAUUUAACAAAUAUCGAAAAGAGAUUUCAUACCAAUCAAAUUCAGGCAAACUCAACCUCUAGUCUCUCUGACCAUUCGCUUGUGAAUGGGUGGUAUGGAACUGGAGAAUAUGAUUUAUUGACAUCGAGUGCCAUGAGUUAUCACUGUGGGACAUUUUAUCCUAUUUGGAUAAAUGGCAAGAUACCUCUGGUAGAAGACGGUGUGGUUGACCGAACAGCAUGUAUUGUUACUGAUACGGACUGUGGGAUGACUAUUUCUGUGAAGAUUCGUAAUUGUGGAACAUAUCGUGUUUAUCGACUUCAACCUACAUUUGUCUUCAGCGCCUACUGUAUUUAUGAUGCAAGUGUCCCCACAACGUUAAAGCCAAAUACAACGAUUCAGUCAAGUUCACCACAGACAACAACAAUAACAAAUGGAAACACAACACAAUCGCCAACAUCAACUACAAUGAUACAAUCGAAUACAUCUACAGAGUCGCCUAUUCCAACUUCAUCUUACUCUUCCAUGAAACCAACAAGUACACCUGUCACAGUGGAUCCAUGUGUCCAUUAUACAAAUUUGACAAAUAUUGAAAAGAGAUUUCAUACCAAUCAAAUUCAGGCAAACUCAACCUCUAGUCUCUCUGACCACUCGCUUGUGUAUGGGUGGUAUGGAACUGGAAAAUAUGAUUUGUUAACGUCGAGUGCCAGGAGGUAUCACUGUGGGACAAUUAAUCCUAUUUGGAUAAAUGGCAGUGUAUCUUUAGAAGAAGAUGGUGAGGUUGAUCGAACAGCGUGUAUUGUAACUAAUACAGACUGUGGAAUAACUAUUUCUGUUAAGAUUCGUAACUGUGGAACACAUCGAGUUUAUCAACUCCGACAAACCAUUGUCUCCAGUGCAUACUGCAUUUAUGAUACCAAUGUUCCCACAACCUCAAAUCCCAUGACAACGAUUCAAAUGAGUUCAACUUCUCAGCAAACACCUUCACCAAGUCCAACACUCUCUAGUGCAGAAGUAGAAGUGCAUCUUGUUCCAGACGGUAUAAGCCAAGUUUUCCAAGCACGAUGCACAUUUAAUGCGAGUAAUGCAAGUGGCUUCCGUUUUAACAUAACUUGGUACUUUGACGACGUGUUCGAUUCUUCCUUCUCGGCUACCCUGGAGAAUAUUUACAGAACCUAUAUUUAUCUUCAAAGAGAUAAUUUUAAAACUCUUGGAAGAAAUAUAUCUUGUGGUGUGGAUAUGCUCAGCAACGAUGGAACAAUUAUUGAAGCAAGAAAAAGCCAAGAACAGUUUUUAGGAAUCAAAAUUCUUACGCCAGUUGUUACAUUUAAACGUGGAGAGGAGGGGAAAAUUAAACUUCAGCUUACUGUACCUAUUGGUUGCCUCCAGUUGGUUAGUCAGUGUGACGUCAUCCUAGCCAUGAUGGACCAAUCAGAAGACCAAUGCACAGGGGCUGCUGUCUCUGGACAGAGAGAUUGUGGAAUUUCCUUGAAAAGCAGAGAAUGGACCAAGAUCUACGAGAUUCCAGUUGGGGCAAUAGAAGAAGAGGGACACACGUACUCAGCUACUUACGAGGUGGUUCUUAGGACUGACGCCCACUUCCACCAGCCUAUAUGGGGACUUUAUGAGCUUCCACCCGUAAAGAUUGUCAUCCAAGAGGGUUCCGAUAGAGAAUGGUCCAAGAAAUACUGCCGAGCCGUCAAUGACCCCCAUCUUUUAACUUUUGACCAACGGCCAUAUGAUGUACACUUGAAAGGAGAUUUCAUAAUGUAUGAGCAUAAAACUGCCCCAAUUCAGGUGCAGGCCCGAUUUAAGCCUUGCUAUGGCAAUUCAGGCCCCCACUGUACCUGUGGAGUGGCGGUACAGGCCGGAAGAGACGUGUUCGUGAUUGACAGGUGCGAGUCCAGAAAGAGGCUACGGAGGAUGAUGUACACAUCCUGUAUGGACCACACCCUGGAAGUCAGAAAGAGGCACGAUUACUUGUAUAAUAUGUACACACCAUAUGGAACAAGGAUUCAGGUAAAUCUCCGAGGAAAAACUUACAUGAACCUCCAGAUUUAUCCCUCAAUCCGCGAUGUCGGACAAACAAGAGGACUGUGUGGAACACUUUCUAAUGAAUGUGCGGACGACUUUCUCCUUCGGAAUGGCAAUUAUCUUAAUGAACCUGCCGCUAACAAGUCCUGCGGAAACUUCGGAUGGUCGGAUUACAGAUGGGAACCGGAUUCAUUUUCCAGAUCCUGGAUGGUUGCUGAGAAUGAAAGCCUAUUUGAGGAUUACGACUCAAGUAACGCCGAGUGGCCACGAGAGAGAUACUUAUGUUCCUGCAAGAAAAACGUGGUGAAAAUGAGAAUUGAUGGCAGAGGAACUCCUGAUUGUUCCUCCAGCGUGGUAUCCAACUGUACCAGACGGCGGGAAAAGGUCGUAGCAGUCGGCGGAGGCUGUGAGGUCAAAAGAUCAUCAAAGUAUGGUUUAAAACAUUAUGACGUCACACGCGUACGGAGGCAGGAACCGAAUCAGAGAAGGAUAAAAACAGUUGUUUCGCACAUACCAUUGACGACAAUCAACAAUGCCACCUCUUUUUGUCAAAAUCAUUUGUCCAAAUCUAAGGCUUUUACAUUGUGUGAGGAUAUACCUAACGUUAACAAGGAGGAUGCAAUCGAAACAUGUGCUUUGGACAUUGUAUUGACAAAUGGUUCUCUAGAGUGGGCUGACAAUCCAAAGGAAGCUAUGAUUGACCGAUGUGUUUCGGAAUUGCGACUUAAUGCGACCUUGAAUACAGAAAGCAAUAACACCCCAUCAGUGGCGGAAGUGAUACGUAACAUAGCAUGUCCAAACGAUUGUAGCGGCAUUGGAACUUGUGUAAAUGGAACGUGUGUUUGCCCGCCUCUUUACGGGGCAUCCGACUGUUCCCUGAAUGUGUCUGUUCCGCCUGAGAUCUAUGGGAUCGAAGGUGACGGCUUAUGUGACGUCAGUCAAAUGUCAUGUGACCAAAUUCUCGUAGCAGGCGAUGAUUUUACAGAAACUGGAUCAUACAACUGCAAAAUAGAAAUUGCACAUAUAUUGUUUGAUGGCGCGACCUCAUCCGCUGGAUUAACAAAAUUGAACGGUGAUAUGCAGACGUUAAUGUCGAUUUCAUGUCCAGUUCCAGUGAGGGAAAAGUUUGCAUCUCGCAGUGUAUUAAGAACAAGUCCAGUUUUUGUACGGACGUUCAGCGUUUCUCUCAGUAGUGACGGAAACACCUAUAGUGAAUCCUUCCAGUUUUAUGAAUAUAAUUCAACCUAUCAGGACCUUGAAAUAGUAGACGGAAAGCCAAAGUUUUCAUUAAAGAGUGGAUACUGUUUCAUUGAUGAAGAAGGAAUUCCAGACGGGUGGCGCCAAACAACUAAUAUUUGUAAUGCUUGUAACUCCUCUGUUAGUGUCCUAGAAUGGACACCAGUAAAAAGUCAAGAAUGUGAGGUUAUUCGGGAACCUGUUGAGAAGUCUUUCUUUGAUUCCACUGAAUUGUACUGGAUGUUGGGAUUGACCAUUGCUGUUAUCUUGAUCAUACUUAUGGUCGUCUGUCAACACCGAUGCCGCAGAAUUCGCUCCAAAAGAAAAUUUUCAUAUGACGUUUCUUCUGAAUCAUCGUUCAGUGGUAUCGAGCUUCAGGAUCCUUCUUCUGUUUAUUUCUAGUGCAAUAAACUACUGAAAAACUAAAUACAUGUGCUGUGAUUAAUACAAUAUGUUGUAUAUAAUACAGUUUGAUAAUACGUGUUUUAUACAUUUUGUAUGCAAUACAUUGUUACUGUUGAAUAAAUAUUGAUUCGAUUUUC